UGUCCUCCAUGUGCAGAAUGGAAACCUGCUGCACGCUUCAUGCAGUAGCAGGUGAUGGCAAGGGGAUGACAGCUUCAGGUAUUGCUGCUCUGGGUGACAUGCAAGCUGCUGCCAGAGAUACUGGCACUGCCCCUCUGAACUGCUUCAUUUGAACCUGUUGGCCAUGGUAGUUAGCGUGGGGUGAGGUUUAAAGAGCUGUGUGGUUCCUGGCUCUCAGAUGGCAGCGUUUGCAGGUUGUUUGAUGUGGCUUCAGCCUGGCCCACAGCUCCUGCUGCAGCCGUGGUGACGGGCAGUUGCUCAGGGGACUGAGGAGGAGGGGCAGCAAAACACAAAGGCAGAAGGGCGCAGGCUGAGUGGGAGAGCUGCUGGAGCUCUGCUCCCUGCUCUGCGUCUGUCUGUCUGUCUGCCUCUCUGACCCAUGGGGAAUGAGCUCCCGGCGCUCAGCUCUGCCUCGUCCAGCCAAGAACGUGGUGGUGUAUCGCAAUGGCGACCCCUUCUUCCACGGGAGGAAGUUUGUGGUGAACCAGCGGCGGCUUCUGACCUUUGAGGCAUUUCUGAGUGAGGUGACCGAGGGCAUUCGUGCACCCUUGGCUGUGAGGAAUCUCUACACACCCCAGCAUGGCCGUCGCGUUGCUGAGCUGGCUGACCUGCAGGAUGGCUGCCAGUACGUGGCUGCGGGCUGUGAAAAGUUCAAGAGGCUCGACUAUUUAAAUCAUGGGAGGAAGGAGCUCCGUGGGACAAACAAGAGCAACAGCGUGCAGCCCUGUGCCGCAGCCCCCUGGAAGCCCAGCACUGCAGUGCAGCAGCAGAAGCCCACCCACCUUACAGUACAUGUCUUUCGGAAUGGGGAUUUGCUGAGCCCCCCUUUCCAGCUGAUGAUCUCCAAGAGCACUUCAUGGCAGUGGGACGCGCUCCUGGCUGUGCUGACAGAGAAAGCUGAUCUGUGCAGUGGAGCUGUUAACAGGCUCUGCAGCCUGGAUGGCAAACUGGUGUCCACUGGAAAGGAACUGGUGAAUGGCAGCUACUAUGUGGCAGUGGGAACUGAGGAGUACAAAAAGCUGCCUUACAUGGAGCUGCUGGUGCCCCAGGACGCUGUGUGCAGGACGCUGUGGUACAGACUGCAGGCAGAUCACAAACCGCUGUCUCGGGGAAAAAGGAUGACAACAGUUCUGAAGAUGAAGAGCACUGAAUGAUCUUUUCCUUGGCAGCAAAACAACUCCGAAGAGU